GCCAAGCCAAGUAGCUGUGUUAACCGACAUUCACGAAACUUUUGUGACUUGGGUAAGGAAAUGCCAGGCCAUUGCCUCCCACCACCCCGAGAAUGCGGCUGAACACGCCCCGAGCCUGCCUGCCGCAGCGCCUACGAUCAUUAACAGCACCUCCCUGCGCGCGGCGGGCAUACGCGUUCCAGGCCCCGGGCGGCGCCGUCUUCAAGGUCUUCAACAGCCGUGCGAAACGGCUCCAGAAGGAGCGGGCGGCCGCCAAUCCCGAGCUCAGCAGGCAGGCCGACUAUCUCAAGGACGAGGUGGCCAUGCGCGUGUGUGAACGGUUGUUGGACAUCAAGCGCCAUUUCCCUCGCGUACUCGACUUUGGGGCCAACUCGUGCAACAUCGCCCGCGCCUUGACGCGCGAGAACCCCGACCCGGACGCGCCCACGUCCCCGCCGCUGGCGACCAAGCUGACCGAGCUGGUCGCGGCCGAGUCCUCCCGCUCGCUCCUCUACCGGGACGCCGAGCUGCCCUUCAACGAGGAGCUCAAGCUGACCCGCCGCGUGCUGCCGGACGACGAGUCGCUGCCGUUCGAGCCGUCGAGCUUCGACAUGGUCCUCAGCAGCCUGUCGCUGCACUGGAUCAACGACCUGCCCGGGGUGCUGGCGCAGAUCAACAAGGUGCUCAAGCCGGACUGCCCCUUCAUCGGCGCCAUGCUGGGCGGCGACACGCUGUUCGAGCUGCGCACGUCGCUGCAGCUGGCCGAGCAGGAGCGGCGCGGGGGCAUCUCGCCGCACGUGUCCCCGCUGGCCGACGUGCGCGACGUCGGCGGGCUGCUGGGGCGCGCCGGGUUCCAGAUGCUGACGGUCGACGUGGAGGACAUUGUGGUCGACUACCCGGACACGUUCGCGCUGAUGCAGGACCUGCAGGCCAUGGGGGAGGGGAACGUAGUGCUGGGGCGGGAGAUGGGCGCGAUCGGGCGGGACGUGCUGCUGGCCAACGAGGCUAUCUACAGGGCGCUGCACGGGAACGAGGACGGCACCGUGCCGGCGACCUUCAGGAUCAUCCAUAUGAUUGGGUGGAAGGAGGGUGCGAACCAGCCGAAGCCGCUAAAGAGAGGGAGCGGGGAGGUGAGCUUGAAGGACGUUUUAGAGCGAAAGUAAAGCGGCCGCGAGGUGCCCCUGUAGGACCGGUGUGGUCAACCAACUCAAUCAAUUGCAUGUGAUGCUCCCCAGUGGACGCAUG